AUGAAUGAGACAGAAGGCACAAAAAAACUACCUAGAAAUAGAAGCUUAAGGAAGAUAAAACGGGCACUCAGAAACCCAGACCCAUCAUUGGUUUUUUUCUACCUGAAAGAUGUCCACAUUUCCUCUCGUGUAGAACUUAAUGAUGAACUAAUGAACAAACUGCUGAAGUUUAUGAAGAGUUUUCUUCAAAAUGACAUCUUCAUUAAAAACGACUUUGAAAGUUUCAUGUCAAAAUUUCUUAAAAAAGUCACAUCACAGUCUCCAGAGCUGCAUAUUCGAUGUAUUUCCAUGUUGAAAAGUGCUGUAUCUGCUGAUCCAAGUGAUAAAAGUAAUGAUCUUGAAUUUUAUAGAACCAUGUUUGGAUAUAGUAAAAUUUACACGAUAUUCAAAGACCAAAUCAAAAGUUUAUUUACGGAAGGGGCUGAGCCUGAAUUUCUACUCUGUCUGAUGAAAUUGCUUGAUAACCACAAGCUGAUUUACAAAAAUCUCCUCCCUGUUAUUGAAAAAUUGGGGAUGUUUCUGGAUCAGCACAUCGUUGAUAGAACAGUCAUUGAAUGUUGCACCGCACUGCAUUGUGCUGGAAGAACAUGUCCUGAGCUGUUCAACAAUGUUUUCGUGGCAUCACUUCUUACAUAUCUUAUUGAUCUUCUUGUGGAUCCUCAAAAUUUUAUUUUUAUUGGGUUUUCUGAAAGUAAAAUCAUUAUCAACACCGUUGAAACAUUGACAGAUAUUCUAUCUAGUAAUAUGGAGCAGACAGAUGCUGAUCUGAGGAAGCUUUCCAUGGGUCUAUUUAGGCUGUUGGCAGAGAAUAUCAGGGAGUACAAGCGCUCAACAGUUUAUGAAGAAAUAAUGGUUGUUCUGUCCGCAACUGCAUGUUUAGAAAGCAUAUUCAAGCUAUUUUUAAAAGCCGGCAAUAGGAAUAUUGAGUUUCUCGAUGCUGACUUAUUAAACUUUACAGUAUUUGAAAGAUCAGUCAAAAGCAAAGAAAGCUACAGCUCACCACCUGACCACGAAACUAAUAAAACAGGCACCGUUGACCAAAGGCUGCAUUUGGAAUUUGAAAGACCUUUUAAACACCACUAUAACGCACAGUGCCAAAUCCUCCGGGACGAUUUCAUUGUAAGCAAAUAUAAAUUUUUAGAUUUGUUCUGGAGCCUUACAAACACCUUUGAAAGGGUAGAGUUUCUCAACGAUCUUUGUAAAAUUGAAGCAUCAUACAAGCUCUUUUCAGUUUUAAAUAACCUGAAAAGCAAUAUAGAGUGGUCGGAUUUGAUUGUAUUCGCGUGCAAUGCGCCGAAGAAAGAAAACUACAUCCCUUUCAUUUUCGAUAGUAGAUAUACCAAGAGAAAAGAACACCAUAUAUUUCUUAGCAUAUUCUUAACAAACCUGAUAAAUACGGCAAAGGAAAGUACGGAUGUCUCGAUGAAAAGCCAUACAAAAAGUGACGACAGUCGAAGGGAGCUGAUCUAUUUUACCGGGGGUAUGCCAUUCGUUCCCGACUCAUGUCUUUGA